AGAAGAAAGAUAUCGGUUGCCGGUCGGUCGUACGGUCAGACGGACGGAGAGGUUAUCAAGCAUAGCUCAUUUGCACGUCGUAACCGUUCGCCGGUCUCGUGUUCCGAACAUGCGCGCAAACGCCGGUGAAUUAUGUGGAUGCGGUCCAGAUAUGUGGUAAUGUUGUCGUAUUUUUUGCAUGUUCGGCCCAUGAUGACGGUCGGUAUGUUCGGGUUUUGUCAGCGUGAUAUUUUUUGUAUUUAAAAGGCACGUUCUUGUGCAGCGAUCGAAGUCAUAACAUUUGCGCAUUUGAUUGAUAUAUCAACUAUGCAUACGCGGCGGCUGGUGAAGCGCUCGGUCAUUGGAAGCCGCGUGUACGCGCCGGGUUUAACGGGGGACGCGGCUCCGCUCACGGGAGUCAUCCAGGCUGUCAAACAAGACAACAGGGAUGCUUCAACCGGCCAUCGGCGCAACGUGUACACCGUGCUUAUGCAAGACGGGAGCUUGAAAGAAUAUUCAGAGGAAGAGAUUGCACAGAUGACUGCGAAAGCACCGCUGAAGUCGAGCCUGAAGAGCACCUGUAAUGGCGGCCAGCGGGACGGGCCCACGCAGGGCCAGAAUGGGGGUAUGCAAAGAGGAGAGGCGCUGUCCCUCAGCCCCGAGACUACAGAGGAGCCGCGGGUGCUGGAGCAUAAGCGAACGGGACGGGCACUGGAGACGGAGAAGGAUCACACCCGCUCCGUUUCUCUGCUGGAACAGAAACGCAAGGUUGUGUCUUCGAGCAUUGAUGUGCCACAAGCCAGGAAAUCGGAGGAAGAGGUGGACAUGGACAAAGUGACCGCAGCUAUGGUGUUGACCAGUCUGUCCACUAGUCCUCUGGUGCGGAGUCCUCCUGUUAAAGUUAGUGAGGGUCUAAAUGGAUCCUGGAAGGAUGGAGGCUUUACUCCAUCCAGCUACAGCAGCAGUGGAUAUUGGAGCUGGAGUGCACCAAGUGACCAGUCCAACCCGUCCACGCCCUCCCCACCAUUGUCAGCCGACAGCUUCAAACCCUUUCGCAUGCCCAGCCUUAGUGGCCCGCCAGACGACAACAUCGAUGAGCAUGAUGGGAACAGCUUGCUGUUCGACGAACCCAUCCCCCGCAAACGCAAGAACUCCAUGAAGGUGAUGUUCAAGUGUCUGUGGAAGAAUUGCGGGAAGGUCUUGAGCACAGCUGCUGGGAUCCAGAGGCACAUUCGAACCGUCCAUCUUGGGAGGAACUGUGACUCAGAGUGCAGUGACGGUGAGGAGGAUUUCUACUACACUGAGAUCAAGCUGAACACAGACUCAGUGGCGGACGGUUUGAGCAGUCUGUCUCCUGUGUCCCCAUCUGUGCUGUCCCCCCCGCCGGCCCUGGACCAGAGACAGCCGGAUGGCACAAACGGGGCAAAGAGCGAGAGCAGCUCCAGCACCCCUCUCAGCCGCUCGGCUCCCAGCGCUCUCUACCUAGUGCACACAGACCACGCCUACCAGGCCACAACCCCCGUCACCAUCCCCUCCACCAACUCCACUGGCUUCACCCCCUCCAGCAGCAGUUUCAGUAUCUCCUGGCAGUCCCCACCUGUCACAUUCACUGGUACCUCUGCCUCUCCCACUCACAGCCGGACGCAGGGCUUUGGGGAACAGCGCUCUCAGACCAUCGCAGUGCUCUCGUCUCCCCCCAGAGCCGCAGGAUCGCUCAGUAGGAAGUCGCGAGGCGAAGGAAAGAAGUGUCGCAAAGUGUACGGCAUGGAAAACAGAGACAUGUGGUGCACGGCCUGCCGCUGGAAGAAAGCCUGCCAGAGAUUUGUUGACUAAAGCAGCUGUUACGGCUGAGGCACAGAAACAGGGUGGGCUUCCUUUGCAUGCAUAGCAUAAUAAAAAAACAUCUCUUCUCUUUGUUACUGACCACAGCCCCACCCCGCCUCACCUUAUACCCACGUGGACUCCUGGGAUCAAACUCUUAUGCAUUCCUUCCCAAAUGGACUUCUCAAUCUUUGAAGAUUCCCAACUCUCCCUUUGAGACGAGUUGCUUUACACUGCAAAAAAGAAGAAGAAAAAAAGACUUUUGAUUCAUCUGUUUUUGUCUGUGUUGGAUAUACUGCUUAAGAAACAAUCUGGUCAGUUUCUAGAGGACCAGUGAGGGCAAGACCAGCCUCAGUCCAAGCUCUUUUUAAAAGAGAAGAAAGCUCUCUUUCAGACUGUGAGAGUGCUAUAAAACAGAAAGUGUUUCUUUUUCCACAGGCACUUUUUUGCAUUUCUCCUGCCUGUUUUAUUAAAGGUUAAGGGUUGGACUGCCAAAAAAACCCUGUCUUCUCAAGAAUGUACCACCACAGGGGUUUGUUUAGGGAUGUUGACUGGAUAGCUCCCCUGAAUGGGAAUUCAUCAAUGCAAAAAAAAAAAACAGAACGUAUGGGAAGAAAAGGACUUUCAGCUCACAAGCAAUUGCACCUACAAAGGAUGGAUUUUAUAUGUCUGGUUUUAUAUUUGCGUUUACCAAUAGGACAUUUCUUUCAGGGAUGCGAUCAGUAAAAGCAAAACCAGCAGUUAGAUUUAACAGCAGAGAACUCAGUGCUUUUUUGUCACAGGAUUAUCUUCUUGCUACCGAAAAGGUUUUUUUUUUUUUUUACGUGCCAUUUACUUUUUUUUUUGCUUUGUGUAUAACUGACUUCAGUAGAGUGAAGUGCAAGGACUGCGCUCAUUAAAGCCCAAUGGCACAGACUCGCAUCAAAGUUAGAGGUUCCAAGAACCAGCCAUUCAGGCAGUGCAACCUUUCCUUCCCAUCGGACUCCAUCAGCAGGAAUGAACUGCAUUCACAAUAGAGCCAUAAAUGAAACCGCGGUGGUUUCACACCACAGUUUGAUGCCUAGAGAGGUUCGACCAACAAGCCUGAGCAAAGAGUAUGAAAACUCUGCAAAGUGGUUAAUUUUACCUCUGAAAGGUGAAGAGCUCUUUUCCUCUCACCCUUUUCCUGACCUCACAGGUUCAAGUAGGAAGUAAUAAAAAUAGCAAAUGCCACAUCGACUUCAGUGGAAGCGCUCAGAUGUGGCGGUGUUGUUCUGCUGUAGUGGGUACCGUAUCGUGUAAGGCCACAGAUCGCUGGUCACAGGAGGACGGACAUUUUUGGUGAUUGCAAGGAAUGACCAUAUUUGGAAUAUGGCAGCUCGAUUGGUAAUUGUUAUCUGGCAAUGUUUUGGUGGCUCUGAAACGGUCUAAUAUAUAAUACAUCAACACAAGUAAUCAUUAUAUACAUGCAAGCAGUGCUUACAAUGACAAGCUCAUUGUCAAUUUCAGUUUUUUCAUCACAUGGUUUCCCUUUUAUUUAAUUGUCGAUACGUGUAUAUAAACUAAAGGUAUUAACUUCUCCAAAACUAAAUACGUUACAUUCAGAUUAACACUUGGUUUUAUCGGUGGAAUGGAGCAUGGCUUUGUUUACGCUACACAUUAGGGUUGUCACGAUACUGGAAUUCGGUACUAAUCGAUACUGAAGUAUUAAAAACGUCCAUUUCCCGCAGACAUUUGAGCGCUACUGACUGCGUUCUUAAACGGCGCUGAUUUGCCGUUGUGUUCACAUGCUCAACGGAAAUGACUGUGAUUGGCCGUGAAGGUCAUUAGUUCACCGAACUUAUCGCUGUUUACUGAGUGUAAACACAGAUACAGGAACACUGGAAUGUUUCAAAGUCAUGUCGAUCAGCUGGUUUGUCUAUAAGCUGACAUACGAGCGAUUCGUUAAUGAAUCGUGGCUUUAAAACGGUCCAGUGUCCCUGUACCUGUGGUUAGACUUCAUUAACAGCAGUGAGUUCGGUGCACUGAUGAGCUUCACGGCCAAUUAG